AUGUCGUGGACGUCCAUGCAACUCCUCUUUCUGGUUGCUGGUUUCGCUCUUAAUCUGAUGCUGCUUGUUCAUUCCCGAGAUGAUCAAUCAGGAUUCAUUAGCAUAGAUUGUGGCCUCCAGACAGAUUCAGGUUAUUCUGAAACGGGCACUGGCAUUAAUUACAUUUCCGAUGCAACCUUCAUAGACACCGGUGAAAGUAAAUCCACAUCGCCUAGUUACAGAAAUGAGUAUCAACAGCCAUACGGGUCUGUUAGGAGCUUCCCCGAAGGAGCCAGGAAUUGCUACAAGAUAAAUGUUACACGCGGCAACAAAUAUUUGAUCCGAGCAAGUUUCGUAUAUGGGAAUUAUGAUGGCCCAGAUAAGAUACCAGAAUUUGCACUGCACCUUGGACCUAAUUUGUGGGAUACGGUUAGGUUUGAAAAUGCCUCCGAUGCAGACACGGACAAAGAGCUCAUAUAUGUCCCACUCCGAAACUAUAUACAUGUUUGUUUGGUGAACACAGGCUCUGGGGUUCCGUUUAUAUCUGCUUUAGAACUCAGGCCUUUACCUAAUGCAUCUUAUGAAACGGAAACGGGGCCAUUGACACUUGUCUCCCGAUGUGACACGGGCAAAAGACCUAAUACGCAAACUAGGUAUCCAUUCGAUAUUCUUGACCGAUUCUGGGAUGCCUAUGACCUCGAUGAUUGGACACAAUUAGACACCUCAUCCACCAUCAAGUCUGAAUCUGACGACCCGUACCAACUACCAUCUGUUGUUAUGAGUACUGCUUCAACGCCAAAAAAUCCAAGUGAUUCCUUGAGUAUUGUUUUAUCGUUGCCUGACAAAGAUGCUGAAUAUUACAGCUACCUGCACUUUGCAGAAGUUGAAAGCCUCCAACUCAACCAAUCUAGAUGGCAAUACGUUUCUUGGGAAGAAGCCGGCAGUUUUGGGCCAUUUGCUCCUCCAUACUUGUCAAGAUAUACCGUUUACGACACUGAAGCUUGGAGCACUGGUGGAAAAUAUGUUAAAAUUUCAGUUACCAGGGCUGAGAACUCUACCCUUCCACCUGUCCUCAAUGCUUUCGAGAUUUAUAUGGUUAAACAGUUCGUAGAAGCAGAAACAAACCAAGAAGAUGUUGAUGCAAUCACAUCGAUCAAGUCAACUUAUAAUAUUAAAAGAAAUUGGCAAGGAGAUCCAUGUGCCCCUCAAGAUUACGUUUGGCAAGGAGUAAAGUGUAACUAUCAAGAAUUUGAGUCACCAAGAAUCAUAUCCUUGGACUUGUCCUCGAGUGGCUUAACAGGGGAGAUAGCUGCUUCUAUAUCCAAUCUCACAAUGAUACAGUCUUUGGAUCUAUCAAACAACAACUUAACAGGACCAAUUCCAGAAUUUUUGUCUAAAUUCCAGAAUUUGACUGUCCUAAACUUGGAGAAAAACAAGUUCACAGGCUCGGUUCCGGUAGGACUGAUUGAAAGAAAGAAUAAUGGUUUCCUAUUAUUAAGUUUGUGCGAUAAUCCACAUCUAUCUGGGAAUGGUUCUUGCAAAUUAAAGAAGAAGCACAAUUUCAUUAUUCCCAUAGUAGUGCCAACCGCUGGAAUUUCCAUCCUCUUGUUAGUUGCAGUAGCUAUCUGGUGGUGGAGCCUCAAAAGGAAUAGGCAAGAGGGAGGAGAUGUCAUAGAUGAAAAAGCCAGCCCUCAUGGGUCAUUAGAAUCAACAAAGCGACAGUUUACGUAUUCUGAGAUACUAAUGAUGACCAACAACUUUGAGAGGGUUCUUGGCAAAGGUGGAUUUGGAACGGUUUAUCAUGGCUACAUGGAACAUACUCAAGUAGCUAUAAAGAUGCUUUCAGCAUCAUCUGUUCAAGGGUUCCAACAAUUUCGUGCAGAGGUUAAUCUUCUUAUGAGAGUUCAUCAUAAAAACUUGACAAGCCUUGUUGGAUAUUGCAAUGACGAAACCAACGUAGGGCUUGUCUACGAGUAUAUGGCCAAUGGGAACUUAUUGAACCAUCUUUCAGAUAGCAGAUCAAGUAUCUUGACUUGGGAAGAUAGACUUCGAAUAGCAACAGAUGCUGCACAAGGAUUGGAGUAUCUGCAUUGUGGUUGUAAGCCGCCUAUAAUGCACAGAGAUGUGAAAUCAACAAACAUGUUGCUGAAUGAAAAUUUACAAGCCAAAAUAUCUGAUUUUGGACUGUCUAGAAAUUUCCCUACAAAUGAUGGAACUCGUGCAUCCAGCAUUCUUGCUGGCACUCCUGGCUACCUUGAUCCUGAGUUCUACCUAUCAAACAGGUUAAAUGAGAAAAGUGACGUUUAUAGCUUUGGGGUUGUGCUGUUGGAGAUUAUCACAAGCAGACCGGUUUUAACGGUGACGCAUGAGAGAAUUCACAUAAGUCAAUGGGUUGGUCUCAUGCUUGCAAAUGGAGACAUUAACAGCAUCGUCGAUCCUAGGUUAGAGGGAAAUUUCAAUACCAACUCCGUCUGGAAAGCUGUGGAAAUAGCAAUGGCAUGUGUAUCCGUAAAUGCCAUCAAGAGGCCAAGCAUGAGCCAAGUAGUGGUGGAUUUGAAGGAGUGUUUGGCAACAGAAUGUGCUCGAACAAAUCAUAGCCGUGUGGCUGAAUUCAAUAAUUUCAAUGAGUUAAUGGCUGACAAUUCGAUCGUUAGGCUAACUCCCUCCGUGAGGUAG